GGGCGAAUCGUCCUCGUGCUGACGAUGCGUCACACGAAGCUCGGCUACGAGUAUACCUCGCGUUGCUCAUGCUUGGAAAUUUAUAGUUGCAACUGUUCGUGUCGUGCCCACAUUCUGCGCGACAAAGCGCAACCUCGUCUCGAGAAAGUACAGUUGACAGAGAGAGAGAGAGAGAGAGUGGCUCCGAUCGGUCGCAUCGAGCGAUUAGGGAAUUUAAAUCCGACAUUGUGCGUGAACCAUCGUGUAUCCUGAAAACAUUGACCCUGAGAGGCACGUUGAUUGCUAUCUAUGCGUCUCUUUCUGUCUCUGACGCACUCCGUUCGCUCGUUCAUCCUGCGGUUAGAUGGCGCCAAAAAAUAAGGAGAACAGCUCUAAGCGGAAGAAGCAGCAGCAGGUAGAGGAUGAGGGUAACGAGGAUUACCGGAAGCGACGGGAUCGGAAUAACCAGGCUGUAAAACGAUCCAGAGUGAAAAGUAAAAUGCGUACGCAACAGACAUUGGAGCGGGUGAAUCAGCUGAAGACGGAGAACGAACUGCUCGAGGAGAAGAUCAAAAUGCUCACUAAAGAAUUAGGAUUUCUCAAGGAUCUCUUUCUAGCACACGCAGGUUCGAGUCAGCAUUCUGUAAACCUUCAAGAUCUAGAUCUCAACGCCCUCCUGGCGGAAGACAAGUCCGCGGAGCCGCUGAAGACGAGUUCCGGCAAACUGUAGACCAGCAGAAGCGCCACGUGAAGGAAUCAGCGUGGUAUUGAAUCUGAAAGAAACGCGAACAAUUCCGGCUCGUUCGAUCGAAGCGGAAACAUCUGGGAAAGAUGCCCGCUUCAAAUUCGUCGGAAAACCUCUAGGCGCGAGCCGAGUUUCGCGAACCGUAUAGCCGCAAUGAUCGACGGAGGGACUUAUUGGUAGCUAAAUUUCCAGCUUCGCGAGAAGCUAACGGGGGCGCGAGAAAGGCCGCGGAGAGUCUUUUGAACCUGCGAUAAAUAAAUAAACACGAAGUACAAAGGAAGCCAAUAAGCUCCAAGCGAGUGUACGCGCGUUGAAUAAAAUUGAGUAUUAUGACCUUUUUCGCGUAAUAAUAUCCGUCUUGAGCGUCAAGAUGAAAAAGGUAGAGAAAGAGUAGAUGCGAGUUCAAGAGAGUUUAAGGGAGGUGAGGGGAGCAAGUAAAAAGGGACGGGGUAAUAAACCUGAUCUAUGUUGUUCCUACUAUAUGGUAUAUUUCCUACAUGAUCACGAUGUUUUCAUAGAGUGACUCUUGCGUUUGAGUAAAUGGACCAUCUGCGCACGCAUUCGCGGUCCAGCACUUUUUAUUUCAACAAUGUUACACUAUGUAUAUGAAUAUAAGACGCUUCUUUCGAGAUACACCUAUUUAGAUGUAUUACUAUGUAAUUGACAUUUUAUAUACAUAUAUAUAUAUAUAUAUAUAUAUAUAUAUAUAUAUAUAUAUACUGUGUCAUAAACGCUACCGUCAAUAUUUUCGGCACGUGUCGCAAGCGGCUGCUAGACUGUUAAAUGCGUCUCGAUGACACAUCGCCGAUUUGUCUCGGAGCUAGCAAUUACAGGGCGUAAACAAGUCGAUGCGUUCGGCUGGAAAAUAAUAUUUCUGUGAAAAAUAAGAUACCUAUAUCUGUAGUUAACAUUGUUACACAAAUGUCUGACGGGGAAACGAAUGAAUAUAUUUCAAAAUAAAGUUCUCGAUCAUCG